AUGGAGGAAAUCCUGCGGGAUGCGGAGACGCUGUCGGUUCGAAUGAAGCACAGGGGUGCUUGUUCGUGUGACAAUGACACCGGCGACGGUGCCGGGGUCGUCACCGCCAUUCCUCAUCAACUCUACUUCAACGCACACUUUUUCUGCCAAUCGCAUUUCAUAGUGCGAACUCAAAAUUUUGAUUAG